AAAGAGCGAACGAAACGUGCGCGCUCAAUAGUUUGGAGUGCGCGCGCGACAGACAGCAUUUUGCGCUAAUUCAAAUAAUACAAAACGAAUAAAAGUCGGCAUGGCGAUAGCAUUUAUUAGCCGUUUGUCGCAGGAUGAUGAACGACACUAUCAACGCUUGAAUUUUUUUUUUCGUUUUAGCCACGCACUCUCGAUUGUUUUGUGCUUCAUUGCUUCAAACUAAUCAAAUUUACGAGUUUCGUUGGUGGUUGCAAUCAUUUUUUUUUCGAAUUUUUUUUCACUCAUUUUGGGCCGAUUUUUUUUUCUUUCAAGAAAAACAUUCAUCAAAAGCUAUAUACAUUCGUUUGAAAUAAAACGUGGUUCCUUCAAAGUUUUAAAUUGCAAUUGAAAAACCUCGAAAUCGUUGAAGAAAAGUGCACAAACCGUUUUUCGAGCAAAUUAUAGUUGUUUUUUUUUCAUCGGUUUUUGGAAUAAGUUCACCAGACUUUUUUUUUUUAAUGAAAUCAACAGUUGCAUUUUGAUGAUAAAUGCUCGAUUUGUGUCAAGUGUUUAAGUAACAGUGAAACAAAUUUUCGAGUGAAAUUUCAACGUUACGUUUCAAUAGUGAACUUUAUUAGUUUAUUUUGGUAAGAAUCAGUUAGCAAAAUGCAAUCAACCGAUCCCGGUGGUCCAGCUGCUCAAAUGUCACCCGAUCAUAUGAAAUCAACAUCAUCAUGGGAGCAAACGAAAACAUGGAUGGUCCGAUGGCGAGGCUCUCGUCAACUGGUUCUCGUCAUCGUAGCUAUUGCCCUGCUGCUGGACAAUAUGCUGCUAACCGUUGUGGUACCAAUCAUACCGGAAUUUUUGUACGAUAUACGGCAUCCGAAUGCAACAUUGGAUAGUCUGCCACGAAUACCGCUUACCACACCAGUUCCAUGCGAUCGUCCCACUGACGGCACUGAAUACACAACGCUUUCCGCUGAAAAUGCAAGUUUCUACGCUGAACUGGAUGCCCGGCACAAAGAAUUGGUCGGCGAAACGGUCGAAAUUGGCAUCAUGUUCGCUUCAAAAGCUUUUGUUCAACUGCUUGUCAAUCCAAUUGUUGGUAUUCUUACACACCGAAUCGGCUACAGCAUUCCAAUGUUCUGCGGCUUUAUCAUUAUGUUUAUUUCAACCAUCAUUUUUGCAUUUGGUCGUUCAUACUGGGUCCUGUUUGUGGCAAGAGCGCUUCAAGGUGUCGGUUCAUCGUGUUCGUCCGUUUCCGGUAUGGGAAUGCUUGCUGAUCGCUAUACUGAUGAUAAAGAACGUGGAAAUGCGAUGGGUAUAGCAUUGGGUGGUUUGGCUUUGGGUGUAUUAAUUGGUCCUCCAUUUGGUGGCAUUAUGUACGAGUUCAUUGGUAAAACGGCACCAUUUCUGAUAUUAUCGGCAUUGGCACUGGGCGAUGGAGUUUUACAACUCUUUAUGCUUCAACCAAAGAUUGUUCAACAAGAUUGCGAUCCACCAUCACUCAAAUCGCUCGUCUCUGAUCCAUAUAUUCUUAUUGCUGCAGGUGCCAUAACAUUUGCGAAUAUGGGUAUUGCAAUGUUGGAACCAUCGUUGCCAAUUUGGAUGAUGGACAAUAUGGGCGCGAGUCGAUGGGAAGUUGGCGUUGCAUUUUUACCAGCUUCAAUCAGCUAUUUGAUUGGCACAAAUCUGUUUGGGCCAUUGGGCCAUAAGAUUGGCCGUUGGUUGGCCGCUUUGCUUGGCUUGGUCAUAAUUGGCGUUUCAUUGCUUUGUAUUCCGCUUGCCACCACAAUCAUGCACUUGGUUUUACCAAAUGCUGGUCUUGGCUUUGCCAUCGGUAUGGUUGAUUCGUGUAUGAUGCCCGAGCUGGGCUAUCUAGUUGAUAUCCGACACUCGGCCGUGUAUGGUAGCGUUUAUGCAAUUGGUGAUGUAGCAUUUUGUGUAGGCUUCGUGGUUGGACCCGCUCUAAGUGGCACGCUUGUGAAUAGCAUCGGAUUUGAAUGGAUGUUGGUGGGCAUCGCUUGUUUGGGUUUCCUGUAUGCACCAUUGUUGACAUUCUUGCGAGCACCACCGACCAAAGAAGAAAAGAAGUCUUUGAUGAACGAACGCUCAUCGGUUCGCUAUGUGAGCUAUCAAAACGAUGACGACGAAUAAUCGUAGCCCGAAAUCGAUUGAACGAGUUGAAUCACCAAUCCGCAUGCUUUUUUAUGAAACAUAAUAAACAAUUGAUGAUGAUAAAUGCCACAUUUUGUCCGCACUUCUACACCAACAAAAAAAAAACACACUUAACCAACAAAAGAAAAAAAAAACAACUAAACGCCAACCAUUUUCAACACAAUCGGGAAUGUUGCCACCUUAAGCGCGAUCGAUUCAUUUGAUUUAUUCGGAAAUACACGGAGAAAGGUAAAACGAAAUUUAAACAAGAAUUUAGAACCAAGAACAAAACACAUGCGAAAGAAAAUCGAACUGAAUAUGAGAAAUUGCUGAAAUGAAAAAAGUAUUUUGAUCAAAAUAUCCAGAAGAAAGAAGAAAAAUUUGACAAGACGAGGAAAGUCCAAAAUCGCAUAUUUGCGCUGAUAAAGAAAGGAUAAGCGCAUUUAAAACAACUAAUUUUUUGAUGAUCAUGGAGCAGAACAACCAAGAAAAUAUACCCAUUUAUUUGCAUGAAACAGCUAAUUAUGAAACAGAUCUUUUUCUCACCCUUAAAUUCAUCUCUUUUCACUUUAGUUGAAGAGCAUUUUAUCAAUAGAAAAAAAAAAGAAAUUCUUGUUGCAAUUGUACUUUACGAUAGCCAAUUAAGACAUGUUCAAGAGAUACAGUUUUUGAGAGAGUUUAUUUGAAUGUUAUACAUAUUCCGAAGCAUAUAACACAAGAGAGAAUGAGAAAAAAAAAACACUAAUAUACACACAAACGCAAGAAUUUUAAUAUUUGUUGUUGGUAAUUUUCAAUAUAUACUCAAUCCAAUGUGCAAUAUAACAUAAAAUACGUACGUAAGCGAGCGAUUGUGAGGUGCUUUAUUGAGUUAUAACAGUUGGUGUGUGUGCUUGAUUGUAACACACCAUCGAUUGUUUCUUGUUUUUCACCUUUUCAAUCCGACCUAAAUUUUGUUCGUUCGAAUUUCAUUUGAGUACAAUCUUUGUGGCUCAUUCACUAGCAAAUUUUUGUUAUUCGUUCGUUGUUGGAUUAUGACAACACGGAAAAAUGGUCAUCUAUGCACUACAUCUCAACUGAGCAUCUACAAAAUUGAUGCUUUGUACAUUUAGAUGAACUGUUCAACAUGAACAACAAGGGUGUGUUGGUAAACACACAUUGAGAGUGUAUUGAAAAAUUAAUUUCGGUUUUAAAAGACCACACACCAAACAUACAAUGAACAUGCUACGAACAAUAUAAACACAGAAACUGUAUAAAUUCACACAAAAAACUAACUAUGAUUCACUUGUUAUGCUGUGCACCAAAAUAAUAAUAAUACUUAAUAAAUAGUCUAAAUAAAUUUGAAGCAAUUCGACAAAUAACAACAACAACAACAAAAAAACCAAAUAAAAGCAAAACUGAACAUUUAACUUAGACCGAGAGAAAUGCAUAUAUAUCAAAUGAACUAGAAAUGUUAAGGGCGAUACAAUUCAUCGCAAUCGUAAUGAAUCGAUCCAUGAUAGUUUAUUUAAUGAGAGAAAAGCUGCUUUUCUAUUUUGUCGUAACUUUCAAAAUGGAAAUGCGAACGAGAACCACACGGUUCAACAAAGGCAAUGAGUUUGAAAUUAUUUCCUUGGUAACCAAACGAUACCAAUUCCAGUUUGAGUUAUUUUUUACCAUGCCACAUACAUUGGCCAAACACUAAAAGUGUUACACUAUCCAAGGAACAACCACUAUUUAACUACUCCCUGCAAGCCAAUACAAGUCAAUCAUACCUUCAUUUAUACCUUUUUUUUCUUUCAUUUCCUUACCUUAUUCGAAUCUUAGUUUUAACUUGGAUUUACUGUGGAAAAGAUAUUUUGACCACUUUUACCAACCUUAUCACACCUGAUUUCCAUUCAGUCGUAGAAUCUUUCCUAGAAUUAUCUCGGUCGACUCGAAUGUAGAAUGAUCUCUUUAAUGUAACUCGGUAGUAGAGUAUACUCAAAAUGGUCAAAACAGAUGAAAAAUAUCGCCAACAAUGCGGUAGAAUCUUGGAAUCUUUCCCGUUACAGAACAUCUUCGAACGAGCGAAUACAAUCCAAAUCAACCAUCAUUUUCUUCCAUCUAAUUUCCUUAAACGAACUCUUUUCAUUUAGUUGCUUUUUGGUUGAAAUAGUUGUAUUGUAAAUUUUUCGUGAUCGACAUAACUGAUCGAUCACAUCAAGACGAUGUUCCAAGAACAAACACAUCUCUUUCACAAACACCUUACUGUAAACGGUGUGUAUUACUCAACAAGAAACAAACAAAACAAAACGUAUUUCGUACAGUUAAGAAAUGAUGUUAUAUUAAUUAUUCAAUGUUCACCUUAGAUUCGCUAUUUAUAUGCAUGCAAAAAAGAAAGUAAAAAAAAGAGUCCACUAUCUGUUUAUUAGGAUAUAAUCAGAGUUGAAAAUAAUCAAUACAAUAUUUAGAUGUUUUUUGUCAUUUCUCAAAAGUCCUUAAUUAAUAAGGCCAAAAAAAAAGAACAAAAAAAAUACGCAAAUGCAUACAUGGAAUAUAAUGGGCAACAAAAAUAUCUUAAUCGUAUGGAAUUAUCAAAUAAACGUAAAUAUGAUUCUGCAUUUAGAAGAAAAAAAAAACAUAGAUGUAAUUGUCGUUUUCAUCAAGCAUAUUAAUCAAAUCUUAUGAAUGAUACAAAGUUCAAAGAAGAAAAAAAAAACCAUAUAUUAUUACUGUGUGUUUGAUUUGGUCCUCUCUCUCUACAGCAGAUAAUGUGAAAAUGAGAAUAAUAUACAUUUAGAAAACAAAAACAUACAAAAGAUGAUUAACACGAAAGAAUUGAAAAAAAAAAUGUUAAUGUUUUUUUUUUGGUCUUUGAUGUCUAACUUAUAAUCAGUAUGAUGUUUUCAACAAAAUAACACACACUCAAUAGCGUUGAUAAAGUAGAUUUAUUGGAUAGGUCCCCUUUGAUCGGGAAGGGGAACGCACCACAAACAUGAGUUAAACGAUUUGCUAUUUGAAUAUAUCGGUGCGCGAAUAAAAUGCUGCGUUUGCUUCUUUGGAGUGUGCUACAGGUUUUUCAUUCGAUAAUCACGUAUUGAAGAGAGAAAAGAGUCGUCGAUGUGAUCGUCAGUGGUUAAAAGCGAAAAGAAAACAACAUGAGUAACAGCAACAACAACAAUUCAGUGACCGUGAAAAUUAUGCUUGGCUGCACAAUUGGUGCGUGCACCACAGAUGAAAUGUAAGACAAAUGCACAUACAUUUGACUGACAGCGCGGCUUAGGCUUAACUUUUUCAACUUCUGAACUGGACUUUUUCAACUCCAUUCUGAACUGAAAUAAUAUAUUGACGACGAAAACAACAAAACCACCAACAGCGCAUCAAAGGGGCAAUGCGUGAUGCAUUACAAUGGGUCAUCCAUCUGUGGAAGUUUGAAUGGCUGCAAAUUUCCUACUCAGAUAGCUGUCUCAGCAUUAGGAGCAGCGAACAAUGCCCAAAAAAAAAAUUCGGUUUUUCUGUAAAUUUUCGUCGGCGGUGAUAAUGUGGACGCCAAUCUAGAUGCGGUUAACUCAUGUUCCUUAACAUUAUAAGUUUAUUGCAAUGAAAAUAGCAUUAUUUUAACCAGAUUGCAAUUUGAUACACACUUAUUGAAUAUAAGCCAAAAGCAAUGGAUAAAAAAAAUGACACACAAGAGAAAUAAGUCUAUUUUGCUGUUGUUUUCUUAUUUUCUUCUUAAACCUUUUUCGGUUCUGUAAAAGAUUUUUCUUUAAAAAUUGGAAUUCACAACGAUUUGUGUCUAAGCAGACACACACACACAAACACAUACAUAAACAAACACUUACAACACUCAUGCAAAUACGAAAAAUAUUUUCUUGAGAAUUGCUCAAUCAAUCACAAAAUGACAAAUGUCAGAAGUAAACAAAAAAAAACUUUGCUCGCGAAUAACUUGUUAUAAGUAUAAGCAACAAAAAAAAACAAGAAAUGAAUGAAAAAUACUCAUCAUAGCAGUUAUUAAACCGAACAAAAAUAUUUUGUCGUAUUUUUUUUUUCUCUUGUCGAUUUGGUUUUUUGGUCCAAAUAUGGGCGAUAUUCCUAAGUAUUUCGUUGGUUUUCUUUUUCGUUUCGGUUGUGUAUCAAUCUCAAAAUUAAAAGAUCUGAACAUAAAGAUUAUCUAAUUUAAAUGCAAAUAUUUCACACACACAAAAUGCUGGUAUGGGGUCAAUACAACAAACAAACAAACUAAAAAAAAGUCAAUACACGACUAAUUCUUAGCUUAAGUAAAUGAAAAGAAAUGAGAUUAAAUCUUAUUAAAUGUUUCUGCUAUUUAACAAAAUGAUGAAUCUAAUUUUUUGAUUAGUCCAUGUAUAUUUGGUAGUUUCUUUAAUGUGCUUACUCUUACUAUUACAUAUAAAUUAUAUAUAUAUAUAUAUAUGUUUAAAAAAAAGUGACAUGAGCAAAAUCUAAAUAAUAGCAAAAAAAAGAAGUACACAGUCCACAUAUAAACGGGAGAAAUAAGGGAUUCGGACAUUUGUUUCAUUAAGAUUACAUCAUAUCAUAAAAAAAACUAUUUAUUAACCAAAAGCACUAUUGGACACUAUACACAAUCACACAAAGAUAACAUCUAGUGUUUAGAGCGUUAGAAUCUGCAUUUAGUUUUUUUUCCUUUUUCAUACUUAUGUUACUUUGAAAGAUUAAAAAAAAAACCAAGUAUAUUUAUGCAAACCAAAGGAAACAACAAUCGAUUUCCACAAAAAAAAACAACUAUAUAUAUUUAUGAAUUAAUGUUUAAUACUUAUUAAUGGCAAUAAUAUACUUUGAUUGGCAAAUUGGAUGGUUUUCUGGAGAUACACACAUCCACACAAAAAAAAAAAAUUGUGAGAGAAAAUAAUAGCAAGCAAGUGAAUAGGAAUGAACGCUGUGUAAUCGCUUUGUAAUAUAAUAAAAAUGGUAAACUGUAGCUUUAGUGUGAUGGAAUUUGUUUCAUUAUCUUUUUUUUAUUGUCUAAAUAGAAAAUUCAUUUCUUGUGGAACCACUAUGCAUUUGGCCACAGAAAUGAAACACACAAAAACCAAAACCAACAAAAAUAACACACACACAAAUUGAUCUCUAUGUAUAUGAAAGAUUACUAAUUAAACAACAAUUAAAACAUAAAUAUCUCUAAAUAAAUCUAUUCAACAACAUCAUAUCAUCCACAACAACUAAACAACAACAGAGUUGAAUCGAUGAUAUAAGACGACGCGAUGUAGAAGCGUGUGCGUCUUCAGAAAAAAAAAACUCAACAACCAAAAAUUACAUGUACAAUUAGCAAAACGUGAACAAUUACAUUGAAUUGAUACUAUUGUUAUGGAAAGAGGAAAAUUGAAAUAAAAAAACGCAUCCCGUACAAAAUAAACAACUACAAACAAAAACCAAAAUAUAUCUAUAUAUAAAACAAAAUAGAGCACAUACACUAUUCAAAAUUUAAAUGAUAUUCGUAUUUAUGAUAGUAUUCAAAAAUGGACCAUAUUCAAAUACGGGAUGAAUUCUCUGUUUUAAAGUGAAAUGCCGCAAUUUUUCCUUUCAUUUUCAACAUAUUUAAUUAGCAUUUCAAGAUCAUUUUCAUUUUUAAACAAUACAUACAAUACAUAAUUUUAUCCUUAAAAA